CCCAUUUGGAGGAUCUUAGCAUCAAUUCUACUAAGGUCCAGUUUGCCUUACCAUAGUUCCUAUAUUUUACUUGUUGUGAAGUGGAGGUAUGAGCUGCAUUGCUACUCAGCGGAAUUGGCAGUGCACACAUCACUGAUUUGUCGUCGCUCCCUGGAAACUCAGAACCUACUAGCGUUGAAAGGGGGCUUAUAUUGUGGCUGAAGAUUAAGUCUAGUACUAGUAGUAAUCAAGAAUUUUCUGCUUCUAAUCUGUCGACAUACAAACCUCAACCAAUAUCAACCAAUCCAAUUGAAUCAAUCCAGUGGAAUCCUCAAUCAUUUAAGCUAGCUGUUAUUGAUAAAUCUGGUGGAUCUAUUUACCUUCAACAAUUAUUGUUUGGCAGAAAUCAUAACUAUGGAAAGACAACUUCUGAUAUACUGACGUUGAGUUUACAAUCUGAAGAUUGUACAGCCACGUGUAUCGGUUUCCCUAGAAGUUCGGGCAGAUAUCUAGCUGUUGGCAUUAAUACUGGUUUGAUAAAUGUUUAUAAUUGUGGAAAUAAGCAAAUAACACUACCUUGUCAAUUACGCUAUACUAAUCUGCAUCCAUUUAAUAUAUUACCUAAUGAAUUACAACCAAAGUGUAUUAGUUGGGUGUUAAAUGAUCGUAUUAUUGCUGCUGGAUAUAAUAAUGGCUCUAUUGUAUUAUUCUUAGCAGCUCCGGAUAAAAUUAGCACCAAUGGUCGAUGUGAAAACUUUGUAUUACCAUUCCCUUGUCAAUAUUCAAAGGUCAGAGGUUGUGAUACUUCCCUACCUGAAUGUUGUGUGUUAAAAACUUCUAAAUUUAAUAGUAAUCUUUUAUGCUGUGGUUAUUCUAAUGGUUCUAUAAUCUUAUGGAAUAUACAAUGGCCAGUUAUUGGUGAUACAGUUAUAUUUUAAAUUAUUGGGAUGUUAAAUCUUUCGCUACAAGUAUGAAUGAAAUCAGUAUAUUAAAAGAAAGUUAUGAACAUUGUAUAAGCAUUGCAUUUUCAUCGAAUAAUGAUCAAUUAUUGUAUAGUGCAGGAUUACCACAUUUAAAUCUACGUGUAUGGGAUAUACUGUCGACAUCAGGUCAACAGAAACAACAACAAAAACCUGUCGAAUGUUUAUCACCAGUGGAUGAACAACACGGUUAUCUAAGUAUUGAUGUCGAUUCAAGAAGGCAUAUUCUUGCAACUGGUUUAGUGAAUGGUGAAGUAUGGUUAUAUAAUGUACAGAAUAUGUCUACACCAAUUCAUUGUAUCUCUAUUGGAUUAGGGAAUAAUUCUAUUCGUCUACUUUCAUUCUCAUCCACUUUACAAGCUGAUCUAAAUGAUGUAGACUUUAAUAAUAAUAAUAAUAAGCAUCAAAGGAGGCGGCAUUAUCCAAUUUAUCAACUUCUUCUCAAAUAA